UCCGAGUUGGUCAAGUCCGAGCUGGCCUGGGCCCGAUUUGGUAUGUGUCCCAGUUGACAUGCACGCCUUUAAGAUGUGCACCAGACUCAUCUGUCGUUAGCUAGCGUGUAAAAACCCUGUCUCGUUCCUCAAAUCCUUCAUUUACAAGUCAUUGUCUGCACGUCGUCCACGUUUUUGCGGUGUUUGCUUGCCUGAAAUUAUCGUUGUGAAAAUCACCAAAGAUGACGCUUUUUCACUUUGGAAAUUGCGUGGCUUUGGCGUAUAUACCCUACUUCAUCACGUACAAGUACUCAGGAUUAUCGGAAUACAGUGCAUUUUGGAAAUGUGUUCAAGCAGGAGCUAUGUACCUUUUUACACAAUUAUGCAAGAUGUUGAUUUUAGCCACAUUCUUUCCCACCUCUGAUGGCACCACAGGACACCUCGACAUUAUUGGAGAAUUUAUGAAAUCCACCGUUGAUCUGGGUGACCUGGUGGGCUUUUACUUCAUCCUGACCAGCGUGGCAGGCAAGGGGGACCUUCGAUUCAUGACGGCAGGCGUUGGCUGGGCCACGGCGGAGCUGAUCGUCACCCGAGUCCUGCCGCUGUGGUUUGGGGCCAGGGGCACGGAGUUUGAUUGGAAAUACAUUCAGAUGAGUCUGGAAUCCAACGUCAAUUUGAUUCAGCACUUGGCCACAGCGGUCCUGGUGUGGCUGUGGAGUCGCCAUGAUCUCAACAAAUCCCUCAGACCCAUCGUAGUCGUCCUGCUGUUUCUUAGCUGCUACAAACCACUCAUUGUAGAGAUUCUCAUCCACGCCGUCGGUCUAGGGUCCUGGGUUCUCCUCCUGGCCAAGUUCUUCUUUACGUCCUGCGUCGGACUCGUCGCCCUCCAACUCUACGUGGGUCUCACAUCGGGGACCGCCAACCACUUCUCAGCAAAAUAAAUUGGUGGUGAAUUUAAUUAGCUCUGUUACUGUCUGUAAGAUCACGUCAUAUUUACUUGUGGUUGCACAACACCGACUUUCAGAAAGUGUUCAACCUUAACCCUAACUCCCUAACGUCUUUUACUGGGAACUGGACCAAUUCCAUCAAAAUCCAUCAAUCACUGUGCGUCUAAUACAAAAACUGUACAUGACAUAAUGGAAUCCACCACUGACGCACUGGUUGACAUUCAUGGACUUGCUACACAUGGCUUUUAUCACAAUAGCAUUACAGGAAGCUAGGCAAAAUCAAUCGGAUACCUCUAGCACUGCUUCAGGCCAUUAGGCCUAAGUCCAUCAUACUCCAUCAAUAUUUAGUCACGCCAGGCCUUUUGGACCACGCCGCCCAAAAUCCACCAAAAUGGGAGGAUGGAUUUUUAUGGAGUUGGGGUGGUUAGGGUUAACCCCCAUCAGGUUUUCUUUAGGUUCCCUGCCGUUGCACAAAUGAAAUGAGAACCCUGAUAAAUCCAUACACUGCAACAAUGGAUUAUGUUGCAUUGCGCUGUGAACCCAGUACACACCAGCUUUGGCACCAAGCAGUUACCAUGAUAAAUGCAACCAAAUGCAACAGUGGAUUCUGUUGCUUUGUGCUGUGAACCCAGUACACACCAGCUUUGGCACCAAGCAGUUACCAUGAUAAAUGCAACCAAAUGCAACAGUGGAUUAUGUUGCAUUGCGCUGUGAACCCAGUACACACCAGCUUUGGCACCAAGCAGUUACCAUGAUAAAUGCAACCAAAUGCAACAGUGGAUUCUGUUGCUUUGUGCUGUGAACCCAGUACACACCAGCUUUGGCACCAAGCAGUUACCAUGCUAAAUGCAACCAAAUGCAACAGUGAAUUGUGUUGCAUUGCGCUGUGAACCCAGUACACACCAGCUUUGGCACCAAGCAGUUACCAUGCUAAAUGCAACCAAAUGCAACAGUGGAUUAUGUUGCUUUGUGCUGUGAACCCAGUACACACCAGCUUUGGCACCAAGCAGUAACCAUGCUAAAUGCAACCAAAUGCAACAGUGGAUUAUGUUGCAUUGUGCUGUGAACCCAGUAUACACCAGCUUUGGCACCAAGCAGU